UAUGAAGUUACUUGAUAAAAUAUUCGAUUUCCUUGCCAUUAACAAAGCCAAUAGUCAGUUAUCGUUAUGGCAGAGUAAGCUAGAGGGUCGGGCGUCUGAAGGACGCUUAGCCAGUUCAUUGGGGGGUUCGUUGGUUGGUUGGUCAACUGUAGGAGGGGAGGAAUUAGUUAUACAAAACUUUGAGAAGGCUUUAUCCGAUGCUUACGAUUUAUUGCAAGAGAAAAACUAUUUUGCAGUAUAUAGUUAUUUAAAUGGCGAUGACGCAGAAGAAGAAGAAAAAGGAAAGAUUUCGGAGAUUAGCGAUGAACAAUCGAUCUUCGGUCUAUCAUCUAAGAAGGCAUUUACCGAUAAGGAAGAUCGCAAUCAGAACAACGCAUUCGACUUAAAUUUACUGGAGGAUAAAGAAAAAUCUUUGAAAGAGGAAGAUCGGGUUAAUCGUUUAGAAGUCUACGAUAGAAAGAACGAUAGAAUUUGUAAUGCUGUAUUGCACUCGAAGGGACAACAAAACAACUACAAUCGCCUUAAAAGCCAUGAAAGUCUAGCCAAUUGUUCUUAUCAACAGCGUAGAAUAUUCAAUGAACUUUCUGAAGUAUCGGCAAACCUUAAUUAUGCGCAUCAAACCGGAACUACACUUAGUUAUAACACGAAUAAUUCCCGAAUAAUUGAAGGAAACAGCAAGAAAGUUAGCACAGUAGAUAAAAAUAGCUCUGAACCCAAAACUAAAGCGAAUGUUAAAGGAAACUCUAGUAUUCUGUUGAAUAGAUCGCAGAUCGUCCCUGACGAAAAGCUAACUAAAUUAAAUGAUAAAGUGGAUGAUGAAUGGCAGAAGUCGUUUAUUUUUAACAAAACUACGAAAAGACAUAAUUUAUUCGAUGAGAAAUUUUUCAAAAAAACAGAAGAGAGAAGAGAAUUGAGCGGUAAGGAAGGUCUAGACUGGUAUGACGGAUUUAUAGACGAGGAACGUAGGUUACAAAUAAAUAGAUUAGAAAAGACUCGCAGCCGUAGGGAAAGAGAGACAAGAAGAGUCCAAACUAGGUUGGAGGAAGCGGUUGAGAAGUUAUACGCUUUUUAUUACAAGAAGCACCCUUUUAAUUAUUAUUAUCCAUGGGUUACAACGAUCCUACCGAUUGUCCAAAUUAUCUUGUUUAUAUGCCAGAUUUCGUUUCAUGGCUUUGCACCGACUGGCUUGGAACCAAUUCCGGCCGGCGUCCACCUGUCGAAAACGAUCAACGGCUAUGAGUCGUUUCAGUUAAGAAGGAGCACGAAUAUUUGGAUAGGACCGCCGUUGAGUAGUUUAUUAGUUUGGGGAGCGGUGUAUGCGCCUUGUCUAAGACCAUUGAGAAAGAAUAUUGCUAACUUAACUACGUAUUUCGAUAGUAUGCACGAGAAAUUAGGAUGCUGCGAAUCUAGGGAUAUGGCAGGAACAAUGACAGAGAAGGAGUGCACUAGGGGGCAUAGUAAAUCGGUCUGGCACGAUGGGUUGUUUUGUAGCAAACGUUACCGUCUACCAACACCUAUGAUUAGGCAUAAUGUUAAACCCUGCUGUAUUGGUUACUUAGGAGAAUGUCGAAUGAUAACUAAGGAACAUUGCAUAAACUUAAAUGGUAGUUUUGUCGAUGAUAAUAACGCUGAGCAUUGUAGAUAUGUUGAUUGCCUUGCUAGAGCUUGUUAUGGAAAAUAUAAAGUAUAA